CGGGUCGCUCGCCGCUCGCUGGUUAAAGAACAGUAACUGCCAUUACCUUCCACCCGCCGCUGUGAGGAAGAAAAGGCCAAAACAAAAUGCAAACGUCUCUAGUAAAUAUCGCUUUAUUUUCAUCCCUGCAGGUGUUUUUGUCUUUGACGUACUUUCAACAUGUUGUCGAAGCAGCCAGCGGCAGAGGGUUUGGAGAUAACAUCCACUGGAGGACGCUGGAUGAUGGCAAGAAAGAAGCUGAAGCCAGCGGGCUGCCGAUCAUGGUCAUCAUCCACAAGAGCUGGUGUGGAGCCUGCAAAGCUCUGAAGCCCAAAUUUGCUGAGUCCAAGGAAAUCUCUGAACUGGCACACAACUUUGUUAUGGUCAACCUGGAGGAUGAGGAGGAGCCGAAGGACGAAGCCUUCAGCCCCGAUGGUGGAUACAUUCCUCGGAUUCUUUUCCUUGAUCCCAGCGGCAAAGUCCAUCCUGAAAUCACCAACAAGAACGGGAAUCCAAACUACAAGUACUUCUACAGCAACGCAGACCAAGUUGUGUCCGGAAUGAAGGAGGCGCAGGAGAAGCUGACGGGUGACGCCUUCAAGCGAGGUCACACUGGAGACGAGCUGUGAAGAGGCAGAGAUGGGCAUCAGGCUGUAAGGGCUACACUUCCUCUACCUGAGCCUGAGCUGCAGAGCGCCCCUGUAAUACUCCCCCCAAACAACCCCUCUCACUAUUUAUACUCGUACUUCAGACAGUGGGGUCCAUCUCACUGAUCAAACCAAGCCAGUCAUUAAAAGGCAUCGGUGCUCGAGUAUUUUUGUUUUGUUUUGUUUUUGUCUCGUACGGUUUUUUCCCAAGCAUUACCACUCACCUCUCCCUGUCAUCGUCUUUGUUUUAAAUCAUGUAUAUUUGUAAUCUACUGUUGUUAAUUAAAUGCCAUAUACAGUACUUAAUGUCCGUAGAGGAUAUAAACAACUCAAGUUAGCCAAGUUAACUGCAGUGUUUUAUUAACUCUCCUCUGUUGUUGGAUGGAAACUUUACAUCUUAAAUAUGCCAAGUUUUUACCACCUAAGUAAAAAUGCCUUGCUUGUCGCUCGACAGCCAAGAAACUUUUAGUCUUUUUGGUUCUGAUAAGCUUCACAAACACACGGUAGAAUACAAAAUCCCUUCAGCUGAACCAGUAGCGUUUUAAUGUUUUCACCCAACAGCAAUGAUACACUACUUCAUAUUAGUCAGGAUAAACAUUUUGACACCUACAGUUACGUGCUUCCAAAGAUCCUCUUCAGUAUGUUAAAUAUAUCUGUGACAAUAUUCACCCUGCACUAUUAGAUAGACUCAGUACUUCUAAUUUCUAUUAUCCACAGUCUUUAAAAUAAUACUUUUUUUGCAUUUAAUCCUGCCAAUUAAUCUAUUCUUAUUCAGCUAUAUCUGCAUUACUGUUUGUGAAGUGACACCAAUGGGUUAUUUGUUUUUUAAACGAGCCUUGUUAAACUCUUUGAAUGAGGGAUGGAAACGUUGGUUAAGUGUCUCGAUGUAUUUUAUACAUGUACACGGCCAAGUGUGCAAAUAAA